AUGCCGCCCAAGCGCAAGGCACAGCAAGCCGAGAACGGAGAUAUUGAGAUAAAAAAACUUCGCAAUCGAGUAUCUCAACAGGCUUUUCGCCGUCGACAGUCGGAGUAUAUUAAACAACUCGAACGCAAGGCCAAGGCUUACAAACCGGACAACGAGCGCAUUAUUGAGCUUGAAGAAGAAAACACCUCGCUUCGUGAAAGCCUGAUACAAUGUCACACGAAAUUGGAGAGCCUGCGCACGACAAUAUGCACGCUUAGUGACGGCGUUGCGCGCACAUGA